UUAUGUCUUUUUAACAGCAGCAACAACGAGCAAAACGAGACGAGUAGCCAAGAAUCGUGAUACGCAGUGAAUAUUUCAAAAAAUGGCUGCGGUGCUAGAUGAAGUCGGCAAGCCCACUAUUAAAUUAGUUGACGAAGAACCAGAAGAUAUUGUUGAUGAUGAAGAUGAAAGCAGUCCCGUCGAUGCUGCUAAAAAAAAGAAGAAAAAGAAAAAGAAGAAGAAACCUUCUGGAGAUAGUGCUGCAGUAGACGGAGCAAACGAUAAGAAAGAGGACGAUAACGAAGAUGCUGAUGCUCCAGGGAACGCGGAUAAUGAAAUAGAGACAGAAGAUGUAAAAAAGAAGAAGAAAAAACGUAAACCACGUGGUAAAGGCGCUAAACAACAGACAGAUCCGCCGAGUAUACCCAUUGGGGAUCUGUAUCCAGAUGGUAAUUUCCCAGUAGGGCAGAUAAUGGAUCACCCUUCAGCAGCAGGAAUAGAUGACAGGACAGCUAAAGACAGAUUUUCAAGUGAAGAAGCUCGUGCACUUGACAGAAUGCACAAUGACAUUUACAAUGAGGCGAGACAGGCUGCCGAGGCUCAUCGACAGACGCGUAAGCACAUCAUGAAGUGGGUAAAACCUGGGAUGACGAUGAUAGAAAUUUGUAAUGAGCUCGAAAACACUGCGAGAAAAUUAAUUGGCGAAGACGGUCUGAAAGCCGGGUUAGCAUUCCCGACAGGUUGCUCGCGAAACCACUGCGCGGCUCAUUACACACCAAAUGCUGGUGACCCAACGGUACUUGAGUACAAUGACGUGACUAAAAUUGAUUUUGGUACCCACAUAAACGGCAGAAUAAUCGACUGCGCUUUUACUUUGUCAUUUAACCCAAAGUAUGAUAAGCUCAUUGAAGCUGUGCGUGAUGCAACAAAUACGGGAAUAAAAGCUGCUGGUAUCGAUGUGCAGCUGUGUGAUGUUGGUGCCGCAAUACAGGAAGUCAUGGAGUCGUAUGAGGUUGAGAUUGAUGGUAAAACUUAUCAAGUUAAAUCAAUUAGAAAUUUAAACGGGCAUUCUAUCGCGCCUUAUCGUAUCCAUGCCGGAAAAACUGUACCGAUUGUUCGCGGAGGUGAGGCCACACGUAUGGAGGAAAACGAAUUUUAUGCCAUUGAAACUUUUGGAUCUACUGGUAGGGGUAUUGUACAUGAUGAUGCUGAUUGUUCCCAUUAUAUGAAGAGCUUCGAGGCUGGUUUUGUGCCUUUGAGAUUGCAGAGCAGUAAAUCACUUCUAAAUACCAUCAACAAAAAUUUCAGUACUCUGGCUUUCUGCAAACGCUGGCUAGAUCGCGUUGGCUGCACUAAGUAUCAAAUGGCGUUGAAAGAUCUCUGCGAUAAAGGAGCCGUCGAGGCUUAUCCACCGCUGGUUGACAUCAAGGGAUGCUAUACCGCCCAAUUUGAACAUACCCUAGUAUUACGUCCCACUUGUAAAGAAGUUAUUUCACGUGGCGACGAUUACUAAGUUAUCUCAAUAAUGUAAACCACAAUAAUGAUUUAUGUAUGCGUGGGUUUAAAUAAUUAUUAUUAUUGUUCUUUUUUUAAAGUCAAGCAUACAUACUAUCAUAUUACUAAAAAUUUUUAAUCAAUGCUACUGAUGAAUAUUUAUUUUCUGAUACGUAUUUUCACGUUAUCACUUAUCUGUAUUUACAAUCGUGCAUUCAUUCAUUUGCGCACUUAUUCAAUCAGUUUUUUUUUUCAUUAUUAUUAUUAAGAAAAUUGUUCUUUUGUUACAAAGAUAAUUUUUUUUCAACUGGUUAAUUAAUAAUCAGAUUAAUUAUACUAACAUUAUAAAAAAUAAAAAUGUGUGGUACCUUUUACUGACAUCAUAUUCCUAUAUGUAUAAAUAUAUAUAUAUAUAUAUAUUUAGACACAGAUAAAAAUGAGAUUAAAAUUACGUGAUAGUAUAUUUUUUCUUUGUUAUUAAUAAUUAAUUUUAAAUAUUAAUAGUAAUAGCAGAUUUAAUAACAAUGCUGCGGAUAAUUACAAUAAAAUUAUUAAAACUUUAGAUGGUAAUUAUAUAAUACAAAUUAUAAACCAAUCGCGGAAGCUAAUUAACGAAAUAAUACAAAAAUGAUUGAAUCUUAAAAUGCAAUUGUUAAAAAAAGUCUCAUACGCAUAAUUAAAUUUAUUAAUUGAUAGUUAUUAAAAAAGCGCGCCUUUAAUUAGUGCGCAGUGACCCACUGCACAGGUGGUCCCACGUAAAUUACAAAUUCACUUUCCGUUUAUUUAAAAAUUUAUAUAUAAAAGACAAAAAAACAUCUGUUUUAAGCAAAACAUGCGUACGUACUUUUAAAUUUAUAAUAAUAUAUAAUAAAUAGCGUCAGCUUUAUCAUCGAGUCCGUACUCUCUCACUCAAACAAUAUGUUUUAUCAAUUUAAUAGUUUAGAAGAGACAGACACCAGAGCUAGAUGAUUUCUACGUCUGCUCAUAUUUUCUCUAAUAUAUAUUUGUUUUUUAUAUACAUUUAAAAUGUUGCGUAUAGAAAAAUGUCAUUUAUAUUUAUACUUUAUAUAUAAAUUAUAAUAACUACGUUAACGCGUUAUAAAUCCACCAUUUGUUCUGUAGUUCUCUCUGCCUUAGGAGAGAGUGUAACAAUUCAAUCAAAUAGACAAUUGGUAUUUUAUUUUUA